UCCCUUGUUUAUUUUGUCACACUGUAUUAAGAGUGAACAUGUGAUAACAGAAUCACUUCCAGUCCAUUCCUAUACUUGCAAAAGUGCUUGUACCUUGAUACCGCUGCAUGCAAUUAUAGUUCCUUAUAUCUUGUCCCAUAGUCGCACUCAUCUGCUGGUAGAAAUUCUGCCUUUUGGCAUUGUUUUAAUCAAAGUACUUACUCUUUUUAGUUAUAUUGCCUCCCUUGUAAGUUCACUGUUGGCUUUGCUGAAAAGCUGACUGCUGAGUUAGUGAUGAGAUGAGACCCAUCCGAAGGACGCAACCUUUCCAACGAGAACAUACAAUACAAGAGUGUGCAAGGGCUGUGCUGUCAUUGUCUUUAACACAGAAGGCAUUGCUGAGUCAAACAGGUGGCAGAGGAAACCAAGAAUGAUUGUUGGUCCAAAAUUACUGAACUAACAUGAGGUGUUAGACAUGUUGCUGAUUAUGGUUACAUUCUGAAAUCAAAAUGUUCUGACUUCGAUUAAACCCUGAUCACUUAAUCAGCCUUUCUUUUAUUGAAGUCAACCUUCGAUUUUAGAAUGCAAACAUAUUUUAAUUUCCUGUCAUGAGUUUAACAGAUGUGUAUUAAAACAUGUUUUGGAUUUUUGCCACUCAUCUACAAAAUGUUUGAGAAUUGAGAGCAUUGUUGUAACUGUGUGUCAUGAUAUUACAGACACAGACUACAAUGUAACUGUUGUCUUUGAUUCAACUGGCCCCUUUAAUCCGCCCUUCAGCAGGAACACAGCUUCCCUGGUCUCCAUACCUAUCAAGGGACCUUAUUUAUUACACACAAUAGUUGAUCUUAUUUAUACACACUAUUACCAUGCGUUUCCACUUGGGAAGGGGACAGGGUGAUGGAGGGACAGGACACAGAGACAGGAGAAGAACAAAACAGUACUAAAGAAACAAAGAGAGUCCAUGUUGUAGCAAGUGAUUCAAAAGCCAUCAGUACAACACAGUUUAAUCCCUUUGGCUAAAGUUGCUGACAGUGGAUAACCCUUUAAAAUGGCCCCUGUCAUGCCUCGUGGUAUAGGAGCGCCCCCCCAGCAUGUUAGUAAAGAUUUGUGCUUUCAAGCGGGCCAGUUCCACACGCACAAAUUCGGCCACAGGACUGAAUCCCCUUAGCUGCCCCAAACCCACAGACCACUUCUCUUUAUACGCCGGUGAGCAGGCCAAAGCUGAACAAGAGGAACCUGACCCAGUCUGCUGUAGCCUGCAGAGUACAGAGGGACCAACCAGUCACAUCAUGAUUGAAGCUGACCGAGAGCUAUCAGCCAUGGUGCAGGAUAUAUGGGAUAAAGAUGUCAACAGACUGAAACCAGGGACAGACUACCGGAUCUCUCUGCAGGGGAAAGCUGGGCCUGUGAAUGCUGACAUGAAUGAUGACAUGAAUGAUGACAAUGAUGGAGCCGGAUAUCCUCUGUUCUCAUUUGUCGAUGAACGCAUUUUCAAAAAGGAGUCUUUCUUAGCCUUUAUCUCUCUACUGGAUAACUAUGAAAGUGAUACGGGUGAGCCUGAGAUUGUAACCCCAGAGGAGGAAGCAGAAAACCACAAGUUUCUGGACUGCAUGCUUCGAACGCCCACCAUGAAGAUUGCACAUAAGUACCUAGUAGAGAAACAGCUCUCCCCAGAGGGAUUACCGGAAUUCAAGAAGCAGCUCUACCGUAUCUGGUUUGAGCUGUACGCCAGACGAGGAGCUAGCAAGUGGGUGGAACUCUCCUCUACGCCAGACUCCUCAGGGUUUGAGCAUGUCUUUGUCGGAGAGACCAGAGGGGGCCGCACAGUCAUCGGCUUUCAUAACUGGAUUCAGUUGUAUUUGCAAGAAAAGCUGGGACACAUUGAUUACAAAGGCUACAGUGUGAACGCAAAUUCCCCCCAGCCUGACGAGAACAAGCAUAUCCUGGCACUACAGUUCAGUUGGAAGAAUGGAAUUAAACCCAAAGGCAGCAUCUUCGUUGGUGUCAGUCCUGAAUUUGAGUUUGCCCUUUAUACCCUGUGUUUCCUGGUCUCACCCAAUGAGCGUGUCAAAGUGUUCUUCAGUAUCUAUGAGGUGGAUAUUGUCUGUCACCACUACAACCAGAAGCAUAUUGGCACAACUUACCCUGUUCUUGUGAAAUAUCAAAAUGAACCAAAAAAACAAUAAAACUAAUCAAACAGGACUCAAAUACACUCUCACCCAAGUGUCAUGAGUAUUGUUUUAGUCUUUUUGUAUUUUUAAAUAAAGAUACAAUACAUCUUACAAGAA